GGAAGGAGGGCGGCGGCUGGCCGGGGGAGAAGAUCAGACUCGGUCGGGAGUGACCAACAAGCCCAGCCCCACCCCGAGGACCCCCUGGGGCUCAACACCAGCUAUCCCCGCUCCAUGCAGACCCUGUGGCUGGAGAGGGUCAAGGCAGACACAGCAGCGGCCAGCCGGGUGGGCGAAGAUCAUGCCCCGAGAGUGGCACAGAAGGGACUGUAGCGAAGCUGAGCACCCCCCGCGAGGCCGGGGGCCCUAGACUCUAUGGAAGCGGGGGAGCGCGCCCGAGCCGCCGCGCAGCGCAGCCCGAGCAGGAGCCCGAGCAAAAGCUGGGGAAGGACUAAGGGCAGACACCGGAGUAGGAGCAGAAGAAGGCAGGGGGCCUGUGCCGGGCCCGGCCCAGGGACCCCCAGAGUUACGUAGCUAGGCGGCCGCCAGGCAGUCCCAGCCGGCUACUAAAACCCCAAGCCCUCGACCACUGGCUGCCCGGCCCAGCCCGGGGGAAUGGGAGGUGGCUAGACUUCCGCGCGACGAGAUCUGGAGCGGAGCGGGCGCUGUCCCAGGGGCAGUCCCGGCUCAUCUGGAAAGAGACGCGACUGAGGAGGAGGAAAGAGCGAACGCGAGCGGUCUGGGAGCCAGCGCAGUCCGCGGGCGGCGGCGGAGGCGGCGGCGGCGGCGGCGGCGGCGCAGCGCAACGCAGCGCAGCCCCCUCCCUCCGCAGGCGCGCACCCUCGUUCGCACGGACACAGACACGGACACGGACGCGGGCACUCUCUCACACCCGCACACGCGCGUGUGUGGAAGGAGACCCAGCUCCUUCCUUUCAGCUUCGCCCGCUCCCCUUUUAGAACGCCGUCGUUAACCUAACCCUCCGCUUUUGGAUGUCAUGGGUAACAGCUUCUCCAGUAUUCCCGCCCUGCCCCGGGGCAGCCCGAACAGGGGGCCCCGAGUCCAUCGCCAGCACCUGCAAGAUUCUAUCGGUGGCCCCUUCCCUGCCUCCUCUCAUCGAUGUCACCACAAACAGAAGCACUGUCUACCAACACCCCCAGGCGGGAGCCUCCCGGCCACACCACUACUAUUCCACCCACACACCAAGGGCUCUCAGAUCCUCAUGGACCUCAGCCACAAGGCCGUCAAGCGGCAGGCUAGCUUCUGUAACGCCAUCACCUUCAGCAACCGGCCUGUCCUCAUCUAUGAGCAAGUCAGGCUAAAGAUCACCAAGAAGCAGUGCUGCUGGAGUGGGGCCCUCCGGCUGGGGUUCACAUGCAAGGAUCCAUCACGAAUUAACCCAGACACGCUGCCCAAGUAUGCCUGUCCUGACCUUGUAUCCCAGAGUGGUUUCUGGGCCAAGGCAUUACCGGAGGAGUAUGCUAACGAGGGCAACAUCAUUGCCUUCUGGGUGGACAAGAAGGGCCGUGUAUUCUACCGAGUCAAUGACUCUGCUGCCAUGCUAUUCUUCAGUGGUGUUCGAACUGCUGAUCCCCUGUGGGCCCUGGUUGAUGUGUAUGGCCUCACAAGGGGUGUCCAGCUGCUUGAGAGCGAGAUUGUCCCCCCAGACUGCCUCCGUCCCCGUUCCUUCACUGCCAUCCGAAGGCCUUCCCUACGGAGAGACCCUGAGGACACCCGCCUCUCCGUCAGCCUCUGCGACCUCAACGUGCAGGAUGAGGGCUUCCAGGCUGCAGCGGUAGCAGCGUCAGCCUGCUCCAUCCCACAGAACUCCCUCAACUCUCAGCACUGCCACUUGUUGCCCCCUCAGCUAGAGAGUGACCUUCGCUUCCACCAGCUGCGUGGCGCCCACAUCAAGAUCCUGGACGAGCAGACCGUGGCCCGGCUGGAGCAUGCCCGUGAGGAGCGGACGCUGGUCUUCACCAGUCGGCCGCUGCGUGUUGGGGAGACCAUCUUCGUCAAAGUCAACAAAUCCAACACCUCGCGCCCUGGUACCCUGUCCUACGGUGUCACGACCUGUGACCCUGGGACGCUGCGUCCCAGUGACCUCCCCUAUAACCCAGAGGCCUUGGUGGACAGGAAAGAGUUCUGGGCUGUGUGCCGGGUACCAGGCCCCCUCCACAGUGGUGACAUCCUGGGCUUUAUGGUGACUGCUGAUGGGGAGCUGCACCUGAGCCACAAUGGGGCAGCGGCGGGCAUGCAGCUCUGUGUAGAUGUUUCCCAGCCCCUCUGGAUGCUCUUCAACCUUCACGGGGCCAUCACGCAGAUCCGCGUCCUUGGCUCCACCAUCCUGGCUGAACGAGGUGUCCCAUCUCUCCCGAGCUCCCCGGCAUCUUCCCCCACGUCCACUGGGUUGUGCAGCCGGCUCUCUGACCCUCUGCUGAGUGCAUGCAGCUCAGGACCCCCCGGGAGUUCUCUCAGCGGCACAGCCCCCAACUCACCAGUAAGCUUGCCUGAGUCACCUCUGUCACCGGGCCCCGGGCCAGGCCCAGGGCCAGGGCCGUGGAGUGAUGAGUGCACCAUCUGCUACGAGAACACAGUGGACACAGUCAUCUACACCUGCGGUCACAUGUGCCUGUGCUACUCCUGUGGCCUCCGCCUGAAGAAGACUGUCCACGCCUGCUGCCCCAUCUGCCGUCGAGUCAUCAAGGACAUCAUUAAGACCUACAGGAGCACCUAGACCCGGUGCGGCUUCCACCGCUCCCCCACCCCCACCCUGCCCAAGGUGGGACUGCAGCCAUCAGGAGUUGACACUCCACUCGAAGCAGAGGGCUAGCAAAUAGGGACCCCCUUUCUCUCUCUUUUUUUGGAAACUUGUUUUCCCCUCCUCCAUUAAAAAGCAAAGCAAAGGCUCUACAGGGGCGUUAGGGCAUGUGGGGGAGAAGGGCAGCCCCUCCCUGGGACCUCACUGGCUGCCAUCUCUGGAAUCCAGGAGAAGACAGCCCCGUGCUUUGGACCUUAAUCCAUCUGGGGCUGCCCCAACUCAGAGAAAGCCCGGGCCCCUGUCUGGUGAUUUCUCUAGAAGGGAAGAGUCAGGACAAACCCCGGGUUUGGAGGAACCAGGAAUCUCUGUCCUUGUUCCCACCCUCACAAGCCAUGCCUGAGUGGGACUCGGGAAGGAGUGUCAGGGGAGCCGGCUCCUCCUAUCCCAGAGUGCACCUGACCAGGCUGACCCCUUUUCAAAAGCCUCUCCUGUUUUCUCUCUUUCCGAUUUCCUUUCCUCUCUUUUCUCUGCACUGUCAUCUUCUUCUCUCGCCCUCUCCAUUCUCCCUUCCUCUCUUCUCUCUGUCUCUCAUUCUGUCUCUCUCUUCCCUCAGGCAGAUUGUUUGACUGAAGCAUUUGGAGCUCCUUGGAAAGGAGCUGUUCAUUUUCCUCAGCUUCACCAUCAGCUAGAGGGCAUCUGGCUGGUGCAGUGGAUAGAGUGUUGAGGGUGCAGUCAGGAAGACCUGAGUUCAAAUCUCUCCUUCACACUCCCCAGUUGUAUGACCCAGGGUAUGUCAUUUGAUCUUUUUUUACCUCAGUUUACUCAUCUGUAAAAUAAGUGAGUUGGCCUCACAGGCUUCCAGGUUUUCUUCCAGGUCUAGAUUUCCAAUCCUGUGACCUACAGGAGAAAGGAUCUCUCCUCCUAAACUUUCCCCUCCUCUUCCUUUAUGAUAAGACUCCUAGCUCAGGCUGCCCCUCAGGUAUGUGUGGAAUUGUGAAAGGGCCAGAUUUGAUGCCACCUCCCUUUGACUUUGGAGAAGUGGGUUUUCAUGCCUCCUGACUUCUCUUGGGUCCCCAUGAUCAUGGAGAGAGGUCUUGCUUUGUGAUUGGCCUCCUAAGACACAAAUCAUCUCACCCUGACAUCAUGCCAGGCUCCCAGCCAGGGGCGGGGGUAGGGGAUGCUUCACCCUGGCUCUCUCCACCCCUCAGGCAUCCUCCUCCCAUCAUCUCAGUGCCAGGGAGAAGUUCACCAUGGAACCCAUGGGGGACCUAUGAGGAGGGGAGUGUUUGUGACUCAGACCCUCCCCAACACUGGCUCUUCCUGCCCAGCAGUCAGUUCCAACUUUGGCCAUACCCCACUCUGGCCUGUAACCCCUCUCUUGCCUUAUUUAUUUUAAAUUAACUUAUUGAUUUCCACUUGGUGGAGUCGCUGUUCCCCAGCCUCUCCCCUCCCUGCCUCAUGACCUGGAGGACUAGCUUUAGGUGCCUAUGACGUGCCAGGCAGGGGGCAGUUGGGUGAUAAAGACAGCUUCUGUCCAGAAACUCCCCACUGGGACUCAACCACUCAGGCUCAGUCACUCACUCUCCCAUCAAAAACCAGCCAAAUGUUUCCUAAGCCUCCAGGAAGGGAGAAUGGAGGACUGACAGCCUCCAUCCUGCACAUCCCAGUUCCUAGAGGGGCUUUGGGGUGUGCUAGAGCCCCAGCAGGCAGCUUGGUGCUGGAUUUUGAGUCAAAGGACUUGAGUUCAAACCCCAGUUCUGCUAUUAACUAUCUGUGCAGCCUUGGUUACUUAACCUCUCUGGGCCUCAGUUCCCUCAUUUGUAAAAUGAGAGGGGUGGACCAGAUGAUCUCUUAAUUCUUAAUGACUCUGAGACUUGUAGAAGAGAACCCAGAGGCUGAGAAAGGAGGGUUUGUUUGGGAAAACGUUGUUUAUUGACUUCUAAUCUUCGGUAGGAAUGGGGUGCCCGGGGCAAGAGACUUUCCCUCUCCAUCCCCUUCUCCCCUGACCAGUAGAGGGCAAAAAUGAGCCCUGGACAUCUAUGAAAUAGGUUUCCAGUUGAGGAAGUGGGGAUGCUGAAAGGCUUUUGAUGCCUGCUCCCAGGGCAGGAGGUCCAGAGCUCUCUUUGGGGAGAGUCUAUCUGUGAUUUGGGAUGCAUUAGUUGAGGGGGCCUGGGAAAAGGGAUGGCUUUUGCAUUUGUCUCAAGCCACAAUCAUCUCAGCCAAAGGCCCUCCCUAACCCUGCCUGGGCUUCAGGAUCUCAGGGAUAUUAGCGGCUUUGGAGGAACUGAGUAGGGCUGGGUCUCCCCACCCUGCUUUUGUUUGACCCUUUGCUGCUCCCCUAGCUGCCCAUGUCCAAUCUUGCUCCAUCUGUGCUGCUCAGUGAAGGGAGAAAUGUGAGGGCAAGUGUCACUGCUCUGUGCGAGGAGCCCUGGACCAGAAGGACCUGGAUUCUCUUCUUUUCUCUGUCACUAAUUCCCUGUGUGAGCCUAAGCAAACCACUUCUUCUCUGCGUACAUCAGUUUCUCUAAAUCAUGGGGCUUGUACUAGGUGGCAUCUAAGGUUCCCUCCAGUUCUGAAGUUAGAGUGAGUUUAAUUCUAAGAUUCUGGUUGGUGGGGAGGUGGGGCAGGAUUGGAGAUGGAGGGAAUGGUGAGGAAAAUCCCUUCUCCAGCCCUUCAGGAGUCAAGGACCCUCUUGGUGACCCCUUUGAGAUCCCACAUUAGGUAGCGCCUUUAGAGAGGUGGGGACUGACUUCGUUCUGGUCUGAGGUCACAGACCAUGGAAUGCUGGGAAUAAAAGAAGAAUGGGAAGAAGGUAGAAAAGAAGGUGCCUACCAUGUUCUAUUCCAUUUCUUUCUGAUGCUGUGUUUUCUUAGAUGCCACUUCUGUUGUGUCCUCUGGGUCACCCUGAUUGUGAAUAAAGGUGAUUUAGCUAUCCAGCUUC